GGCGUUUCCAGACAGAAAGCUCUCUCUCUCUCUCUCUCCAUGGACGACGCGUCAUCGGAAGCCGCGUUUCCGGCGAGCCUGCCGAUUCCGAUCGAUCUGUUCGGGUCGAAGAAGCACAAGAACCUCCCUCGCGGCGAACUGGGUUUCGUCGAUUCCGCCGGCAAUCCCGUCUUCAGGGUCGUCCGUCGAUCCAGAUCGUCGUCGUUGUCGUCGUCGCCGCCGCCCCGUCACGACACGAAGUCGCUUCUUGAUGCCGCGGGCGAUCCCGUCUUCUCCGUCGUUCGCGGUCGCAAAGGAUUGUGGCAAAUCUUCAAAGUUGAUGAUGGCGAAGAGAAAGAGUUGAUAUGCAACGUGCAGAGAACUCGAAAGUCCCUCACCAGAACAGAGUUAGAGGUCCUUGUUAUUGGUGAAAGCUGCGGCAGCCUAGGCUCAUCUUUCACGAUGAGAGGCUUUCCGUUCCAGAAGUCUUGCACGAUCUAUCAAGGUGAUUCCAUAGUUGCCCAGACUAGCCUUAUGUACAAGCUUCACCAGAUUUAUGUGAAAAGGGGAAAAUUUCGAUUGACAAUAUAUCCCGGCUCUGUUGAUCAUGCCUUCAUCGUCACGCUUGUGGUUAUCUUUCUUUCUAGCGGGAUGUAGCAUGCCUGUUCCUUUUUAUGCAAACUGUUAAUGAAAGAUGCUUCUUUCUGGCAUACAAGAUGCCGUGCAGGGCAAGUUCAAUCCUUUGAAGCUCCUUGGAUCGGCAAUAUCAUUACCUACAACAUCUGAUAAGUCAGAUCACAUGCCCAACAUGAAGUAUUUGCUUGUUGCGGACUGAAUGAAUCAACUCAACAAAGGGGCCAUGGGAAAAUAGAGGAACCAAGAAUAGCUAUCGUGCUGACAACUCGAAUAGUUGAAGCUAUCUUCAAGAUGCUGCUGCGAAUUUACUUGCCCUGGUCUGUGGCUGCAGAUCUUGCAUAGGCCCCCGAAUUGGUGAUAAUUAACUUUGGAUGAUAAAUUGAGUCAUUCCACUAAAGUUGAUCCUUUGUUUAGCUUAAGUUGAGUAUGAUUUUUUGCAAACCGAACUUUCCCACCUCAUAUUUCUGUGUCCACAUUUCGUGGAAGCAAAUUCAUAUUGGAAAUCUGGAAUGUAGUUUUGGUGGUGAUUCUUCCGAUAUAUAGGUAGCAACUGUGUGUCGCAGAUUAAACUCUCUAAGAGAGAAUCUUUAGCUCUUUAUGAAAUGAGCGAAUGAGUCGUUUUAUUUCAAA